CAGUGUUUUCUUAUGGGCCUCGAAAUGGGGAAAUUGACUUGCCCAAGAAGAACCAGUUAUGCCAGAUUUUAAAGUAGACUUACAGUUAACCGUAGUUCCGUUAACUUGAAAAGUAGACUGACAACUGAGUGCGUUUCAUUUUAGCUUGAGAUGUGCCUAGUUAUUGAAAUGUACACUUCCAUGGUAACAGUGAUGCUGAGAUGUAAUUUUAAAAUGUAUUCUAGACAACCAAAUAUUGCAAAGCUAAACAAACCAUACAACUCUAUGCACAAUAACGGCUUUGCAACCUUUGGUUUUUGUUUGACAUUUUAAAGGGACAAAUAUGAGUCAUCAAAUUGUUAGAUGGAAUUAACCACAUCUAAUCGUAGCAUGGCGCUGAUAGGUGGACACCGCGCAGUACGGAGGUCAGCAGGUUGCGGUGCUCGCGGACCACAGUGGUUUGGCGUAGGGAAAUAUGUGUGUUGACAACGGCAACCAGCAUGUUCGGCAGGCAACACUCCGGGAUAUGCGAUGCUUGUAUGCGAAUAGAUGAAUAACGUUUAAAUUGGAUUGCCUGAAGAUUUCUUUGGAGAUAUUGUGUGCGUGGUUUAUUGUUUCUCUCUUGGCCUAGUAAAGGCACUUGACUUGAUCUGGUUAGAUCCCCCAUUCACACCACCUUUCGUAUUUCCUUGGAGCACGGAGAUUGCAGAAUAUAUGAUGAAGUUUAAACCCAACCAGACGAGGACUUAUGAUGGUGAAGGUUUCAAGAGACGAGCGGCAUGUUUAUGCUUCAAGAAUGAAAAAGAGGACGAGGUGUUGCUGGUGAGCAGCAGUCGGCACCCGGACCAGUGGAUUGUACCAGGAGGAGGGAUGGAGCCUGAGGAGGAGCCGUGUGGAGCAGCAGUCAGAGAGGUGUACGAAGAGGCUGGUGUAAAGGGGAAACUUGGCAGGUUACUGGGGGUUUUUGAGCACAACCAGGACAGGAAACACAGGACAUACGUCUAUGUCCUGACUGUGACAGAGACCUUGGAGGACUGGGAGGAUUCUGUCAACAUCGGUAGGAAACGGAAGUGGUUCAAUAUCGACGAGGCUAUACGUGUGCUGCAAAGCCACAAGCCUGUCCACGCAGAGUACCUGCGCCGACUCACAGCCACUUGUAAUCCCACAUGCAGCUCCACCUGUUGCGGCCCCACCAAUGGCAACACCUGGGUGUUCCCCAUGACGGACGACAAUGCCCCUGACUACGUCAACUCCACCACAGGGGACAGAUAGAGGACCUCCCUCGGUCAACAGAUAGGACAGAUAGGAUAGCCGCCAUCAGAGGAACCAGCAUCAUAAGAGGACCUAGCCUAGGUGCCAGUCGGUUUCUGCUGUCCUGCUAACUCCUUGUGGACUUGUCAUGUUUGGCUUGACAAUGACAGUAAUGGAGUAUGGCAAGAGCACAAACUGAUCUGGGACCAAGCCAAGGAGGACCCAAGAGGACUCUAGAGUGGAAGUACCCAGAAUAGACAUUUUGCAUGGAUUCCUUUCUGUGUUGAUUCUUAAUUUGUCCGCUAUGAACUUUCUAAGUUAAAAGGAAUUCAUUAUUUUAUUAGGGGGCAUGAAGAGUGUGAAAAUGUGUCAAAUGGAUAUUCAAUCUUUUUCUUUGUAUAUUGUUUUUAUCAACUGUCAUCAGCCAAAUAAGGAUAUAUAUUAUUAAUAAAAACUGGAUCUUAAAGCUAAUCUCUGUUAAUGAGAGCCAUUAAUCAUCAGCUUUCUAUCAUUAGAAUGACGUCAACCUCUGUGAAAUGGUCCUUUGUUUCAAGUUAUUCUUACAAGUUCAUCUUACAUUUUGGUUAUAUAAGGUCAAAGUCAGAGUGCAGCACUUUGGUGAACUGCUUUCUGCUUGAAGUAGCUCUGAUAGGCCAAUAGAGGGUAGUGUUACCUCUGGAAAGGCUUAUUUCCUUGAUGUCAAAACCCCAAAUGCAGCUUAGUUUAGGGCAAAGGUAAGAAACCUUUGUCAGGGUGCCAGAACAUAAUUAUUUAGUAUUUAUUUGGACCCCCACUUAGCUGCUGUUGAGGCAGUGGCUGCUCUUCCUAGGGUCCAAACAGGAAACAACUCAAAUAAAAUGCAUAAUAUAUACACAAUACUUGCAGAAAGUAUUCACACCCUCUCACUUUUUACACUUUUUUGUUACACCCUGAAUUUAAAAAGAAUACAAUAAAGGUUU